AGGGGCUGGGCUGGGCUAAAGCCCUGUCCCGCCUGCUUGGAGCGAAGCGAGGCUGGGGGCGCCUGUGUGCUACCUGCCGAGCCCAGGCACGGGGGGACCGAGCCCUACCUCCCGGGCUGGCCGCUCCCGCUGAGCCUCGCCAGGGCCCUGUGAGGCGGCUGCGGGCGCUGAGCCCGGGAGCCGGGAUGUCGGCGCGGUGCUGCGCGGGCCAGUUGGCCUGUUGCUGUGGUACUGCUGCUUGCUCCCUGUGCUGCAGAUGCUGCCCCAAAAUAAAGCAAUCUACGAGCACCCGCUUCAUGUAUGCACUUUACUUCAUACUGGUAACAGUCAUCUGCUGUAUCAUGAUGUCAAGAACAGUAGCUACUGAAAUGAAAGAGCGCAUUCCUUUUUAUGAGCACAUAUGCAAAGGUAUUCAAGCAGGUGAAACAUGUGAGAAGCUAGUGGGAUACUCUGCGGUGUAUAGGGUCUCUUUUGGAAUGGCAUCUUUCUUCUUUAUCUUAUUCUUACUCACCAUCAAAGUUAACAACAGCAAAAGCUGCCGAGCAUACAUUCACAAUGGGUUCUGGUUCAUUAAGCUUCUAGUUUUGGCAGCCAUGUGCUCAGGAGCUUUCUUCAUUCCAGAUCAAGACACCUUCCUUAAUGCCUGGCGCUAUGUAGGUGUUGCAGGAGGAAUCCUUUUUAUACUCAUUCAGCUUAUCCUGCUUGUGGAGUUUGCACACAAAUGGAAUAAAAACUGGACAGCAGGCAUAACACAUAAUAAACUGUGGUAUGGCUUACUAGCUCUGGGCAUUCUCAUCUUGUACUCCGUUGCUGUGGGAGCCCUGAUUUUGAUGGCUGUCUUUUACACACGCUCUGAGGGCUGUACCUACAACAAGAUCCUGCUUGGUGUAAAUGGUGGCUUAUGCAUUCUUAUUUCAUUGGUAGCCAUCUCACCCUGUGUCCAAAGUCGUAAGCCACACUCUGGUUUGUUGCAGUCAGGAGUUAUCAGCUGCUAUGUCAUGUAUCUCACCUUCUCAUCUCUGUCAAGCAAACCACCAGAAACUAUCCUGGAUGAGAACCAUAAGAACAUUACAAUCUGCGUACCUGACUUUAGUCAGGGCUUGCACAGAGAUGAGAACCUGGUUACUGGAUUGGGCACUGCCCUUCUGUUUUGUUGCAUUUUAUAUUCUUGUUUGACCUCAACAACUCGUGCAAGCUCUGAAGCACUGAGAGGAAUAUAUGCAACGCCUGAAACUGAAGUAGCUCGUUGCUGCUUUUGCUGUGCACCCGAUGGAGAUGCUGACACCGAAGAGCAUGUUGAAGAAAGCGGCGGUCAGACUGUAAUUUAUGAUGAAAAGAGAGGCACGGUAUACAGCUAUGCCUACUUCCACUUCGUUUUCUUCUUGGCUUCUCUCUAUGUGAUGAUGACAGUAACUCACUGGUUCCAUUAUGAAGGUGCUGAGAUUGAAAAGUUCUUCAGUGGAACCUGGUCCACCUUCUGGAUUAAGAUGGUGUCAUGUUGGGUGUGUGUCCUACUUUACCUAUGGACUCUUGUAGCACCUCUCUGCUGUCCAACCCGAGAAUUCUCAGUGUGAGAAUUCACAAGCGCUAUUCUGUUACAAAUACAUCAGUCACUUUGUGAUGGAGAAGUAAGUCUAUCAUCACGUGUCUUAACAUGCUGGUUAGUUACCUCUUGUCAGAGGAAACCAUAGAUCUGAAGACUUCCUCUUUUUUUAAACCUUUUUUUAACUAUCUGAACAAAAAUGGAGCUCCAAGGGACAAAUCUAUUCAAAGACAGUGCUGCAGCACUGAUGCAGAAGGGUGGGGAAAAUAUGGGUAAUGUUACAUAAACUGGAAUAAAUAAAGUUGUAGAAUAACUGACAA